AUGUCUUGGGCAUGCAAAAAAUGCACCUUUGUCAACCCCCCAACCCCAUCUCAAAAACCCACUUGCCAAAUCUGCUUAUCACCAUCAUCAUCAUCACCACCCCCAUCACCAGCAUCUUCUUCUAUUCCAAAAUGGUCAUGCAAGGCCUGCACUUUCUUGAACGCUUACAAGAACUCUAACUGUGAAGUCUGUGACACCAGGGCUUCAAUCUCUUCCCUCUCGAGUUUUGAGGAUUUGACCGAUACGGGGCUUGAUGGUGGAGACCUCGAUUCUUCGGUAGGCUCUGUUUUCUUGCCCCUGCAGCGUUGCAAGAGGAAGAGGGUUGAAGACCCAGUUGAGGUUAAUCAGGGUUCUUCCAGUUUCAAUGUGGUUCGAGAGGUCAAGGCGUCCGAUAAGUUGACGACUGUAUCGGGUUCUUCCAGUUUCAAUGUGUCUGGAGGGGUGCCCGAUAAGGGAAUGAAUGUGUCGGAGGGAACUAGUUUUGGGUCUUCUGGUGUGGGUUUGACGACAUUGAAAAUUCUGAGUUACAAUGUCUGGUUCCGAGAAGAUCUAGAAGUGCACAAGAGAAUGAAAGCUCUUGGUGACCUUAUCCAACAGCACUGCCCAGAUCUCAUUUGCUUUCAGGAGGUCACCCCGAAUAUAUAUGACAUCUUUCGGCAAUCUAGCUGGUGGAAAAUGUAUCAAAGCUCAGUUUCAAACCAGAUGGCAGAUUCAAGACCAUACUUUUGCAUGCAGUUAAGCAAAUUGCGAGUGAAGUCCUUCAGCUGUAAGCCCUUUGGAUACUCUGCAAUGGGGAGAGAACUUUGUGUUGCUGAAGUUGAAGUCCCGGGGGACAAACAUUUGGUUGUUGCCACUAGCCAUCUCGAAAGUCCUUGCCCCGGCCCUCCAAACUGGGAUCAGAUGUACAGUAAAGAACGUGUAGAUCAGGCAAAGGAGGCCCUCAACCUUUUAAACAAGAACCAAAAUGUGAUUUUUUGUGGUGACAUGAACUGGGAUGACAAGUUGGAUGGUCAAUUUCCUUUACCCAACAAAUGGAUUGACGCUUGGGAAGAGUUAAGACCAGAGGAAAAUGGAUGGACAUAUGAUACCAAGUCCAACGUGAUGUUGUCUGGCAACCGGAAACUACAGAAGCGACUAGAUCGAUUUUUGUGUAGUCUGCAUCAUUUUAGAGUGAGUAAAAUUGAAAUGAUUGGGAUGGAUGCAAUACCAGGUCUAUCUUAUAUUAAGGAAAAAAAAGUGAGGACGGAGAUCAAGAAGCUGGAGCUCCCUGUUUUGCCUAGUGAUCACUACGGCUUGCUUUUGACAAUCUGUAGCCAGUGA